AUGACAAAAGAAUUUAACACUCCAUUAAUAUUCCCAACACACCCUAUUCGAACUUCAAUUGAAAAUUAUAAUUAUAACCUAUAUUCAAAAGAACAACGACCAAGUGAUAAGAGAUAUGAAGAGUGUUGUAAUGUCAAUUUACGUGUAAAGACAAUACCUAAAAAGAAGGAUCAGAUACUAAAAGAUGAAAUUAAACCUUCAAAAUUUAAUACACGACCUUCAUUACCUUCUUUUAAUAGUAGCUCUUCAUUAACAUCUACUCUUAGAUUAAGAACAGAUACAACCAAAACUAGACCAUCUACAACUUCAUUUUCUGAUAAUGCAAUUCAAACAUGUACAUUACUUGGUCAUGUCCGUACAAAUGAUGUUAAAAAACAAGAAGAAAUAAAAUACGAAUGGGAGGAAUCAAAAAAAUCAUUUAAAACAUAUGAGGCAUGUCAACAAGCUAUUUUGAUAGGACUAUUGAUAAUAAAUGAUUAUGAGAUUGAAAUUAAUAAAGAAAUAAAGAGAAAAAAGAAGUUUCCAAUGCUUGACAUUCUCUCUAUAAAAAAAUCAGAAAACAAUCAGUUAGUUUCAUGUGGAUUAAAUGAGUUUAUUGCUAAGUCAAUGAAGGACACUGAAACAGCAAAAGAAACUGAAACAAAAAGAAGUGAUUAUAAACAAAGAAAGAGAAAUAUUCUUACAAUGGAAUUUAUGAUGAAAUUAAUGUCAAAUGAAAAGUUAGUAAUGGAGUUGGUUAAACCAAGACUAAGUGGUACUCUUUUAAAAAAUGAAAUAUCUUUUAUUGUUUCUUUCACAUUAAAUAUGUUUAUAAAACCAGUUCAUUUGAAUCAACAAGAUAUUUUGAAAAUUGGUAAACAUAUUAAUAAUCUAAUUACUAGAAUUGUACUUACUUCACCUCCACAAAGAUCGAUUAUACUUACUCCUUAUCAUUAUAUAAUCAGUAGUAUUUUUAUUCAAUUUUUUAGGGAUUCUCUUGAACAAUUUGAUAAGGCAAUACAUUUUAAAGAAUCAGACAACAUGUCAUUAACAAAUACUUAUCCUUUCCAAAAUUUACAACCAGAAUUUAUAAGCCAUUUCCAGAACUUAGAUUUUUCUUUUAUUAGAAUAGAUACUCUCCAAUUCAUUCUAAAAACAUUUUGA